UGAUCGAGUCGCAGGUGAGGAUGCUUUAUAUAGUUGCUAGCUGACUUUUUGAGUUAUUCUUGUUGUUGACUGUGUUUCUUUAGCUUGAACCUGCAGGUUCUGGGAUGCAUGAGCCAUUCAUCCGUCAGGCGAUCACCGGAGACUACUAUAAAAACGAUGCUCUCAGUCCCGGGCACUUAUUUCCGGUCCGUUUUGCAGCUGACAGAGAAACAGCCAAGUCUGCAUUCACUCUCACCAACAGCAUUCCUCAGAAGAACAGCUUAAGCACAGGAACUUGGAUUAAAAAAGGAGGAGACAUGAAAGAUAUGAUGGAUAACCACUGUCGUUACCAGAAGAACAAAGCAACCUACGUGUUGACUGGAGCCGUGCCCGGCCCCGAUAAACUCAAUAAAAGAGUCAACAUUCCCUCUUACAAGUGGAUGGCUUUUUGCUGCCUCGGCCGUUUGGGAAACUCAUCGUUCUCCGGAGCCGACUGGGCCAAGAACAAUCGGGAUAACAAUUUAGACACUCGUCCUAAGAGCCUGCAGGAGUUAGAAACACUCUUAAGUAACGAAUGGGGCAAACAAGUAAACCUUUUUGACAAUAACUGCGUCUAAUUUUAAUACACGACCUUCUUCGGUUAGAGCUUAGUGAGAACGUACUCUUCUGUCUUCAUAUCCUGGGGAAGAAAAUCUAGCAAACGCUUCUUUCAGUAGUGUGUAGAUGCUUUUUUCUUCAAUAAAGCUUGCAAUUGCAAAUAGUGGCACGUGGGAC